AGUGGGCAGGUCGUCAUGGCCGCCUCUAAGCCCCUGGAGGCGGCGGUGGCAGCGGUCCCCAGCGCCGGGGCCGGGGUGGGGAGCGGGGCGGCCGGUCCCAGCUCGGGGGGCCUGCCUCGCUGGCAGCUGGCGCUGGCGGUCGGCGCGCCGCUCCUUCUGGGCGCGGGCGCCGUGUACCUGUGGAGCCGGCAGCGACGACGGCGGGACGCGGGCAGUGGCGGCCGGGGCGAUGCGGGGGGCGGGGGCCUCAAACGGAACAGCGAGAGGAAGACCCCCGAGGGCAGGGCCAGCCCGGCCCCGGCUGGGGCGGGCAGCGGCCACCAGGACGGCACCGGCGCCCACGAGGAGACGAGUCCUCUUGAUAGAGCCCAAGCAGCAAAGAACAAAGGCAACAAGUAUUUUAAAGCAGGAAAAUAUGAGCAAGCCAUUCAGUGCUAUACAGAAGCCAUCAGUUUAUGCCCUACAGAGAAAAAAGCUGACCUGUCUACAUUUUAUCAGAACAGAGCUGCCGCAUUUGAACAACUGCAAAAGUGGAAAGAGGUGGCACAAGAUUGUACAAAAGCUGUUGAGCUUAAUCCCAGAUAUGUGAAAGCUCUCUUUAGACGUGCAAAAGCCCAUGAGAAACUAGACAAUAAGAAAGAGUGUUUAGAAGAUGUCACAGCAGUUUGUAUUUUAGAAGGCUUCCAGAAUCAACAAAGCAUGCUGUUAGCUGAUAAAGUUCUUAAACUUCUUGGGAAAGAAAAAGCCAAAGAUAAAUACAAGAAUCGUGAGCCUCUGAUGCCAUCUCCACAGUUCAUUAAAUCUUACUUUAGUUCCUUCACUGAUGACAUCAUUUCUCAGCCUAUGCUUAAAGGAGAGAAAUCUGAUGAAGAUAAAGACAAGGAAGGGGAAGCAUUAGAAGUUAGAGAAAACUCUGGAUAUUUAAAGGCUAAGCAAUAUAUGGAAGAAGAAAACUAUGAUAAGAUCAUAAGUGAGUGCACAAAAGAAAUAGAUGCUCGAGGUAAAUAUUUAGCUGAAGCGUUAUUGCUACGAGCCACGUUCUACUUACUUAUUGGCAAUGCCAAUGCAGCUAAGCCAGAUUUAGAUCAGGUCAUCAGCAUGGAAGAUGCCAAUGUGAAGCUUCGUGCAAAUGCCCUGAUCAAAAGAGGCAGCAUGUAUAUGCAACAGCAGCAGCCUUUGCUCUCUACUCAGGAUUUUAACAUGGCUGCUGAUAUUGAUCCCCAGAAUGCAGAUGUCUACCACCACCGAGGACAGUUAAAGAUCCUUCUUGAUCAGGUUGAAGAAGCAGUGGCAGAUUUUGAUGAAUGUAUUAGAUUACGACCUGAUUCUGCCCUGGCCCAAGCUCAAAAGUGUUUUGCAUUGUAUCGUCAAGCUUACACAGGAAACAACUCUACCCAAGUCCAAGCAGCUAUGAAAGGCUUUGAGGAUGUCAUAAAGAAAUUUCCAAGGUGUGCUGAAGGCUAUGCAUUGUAUGCCCAGGCACUAACAGAUCAGCAACAAUUUGGUAAAGCAGAUGAAAUGUAUGAUAAAUGUAUUGACUUGGAACCAGACAAUGCUACAACAUAUGUUCAUAAAGGUUUGCUUCAGCUUCAGUGGAAGCAAGACCUAGAAAAAGGCUUGGAGCUUAUUAGUAAGGCCAUUGAAAUCGACAACAAGUGUGAUUUUGCAUAUGAAACAAUGGGAACUAUUGAAGUGCAGAGAGGAAACAUGGAUAAAGCCAUUGACAUGUUCAACAAGGCGAUUAACCUAGCCAAAUCAGAAAUGGAGAUGGCACACCUCUAUUCACUUUGUGAUGCUGCCUAUGCUCAGACAGAAGUUGCAAAGAAAUAUGGAUUAAAACCUCCUACGUUGUAAAACAGCUGGGAAAGGAAAAAUGACCCUCUUUUUAGCCGUUUGCCCAUACUUCAGCAGAGCCCUACAGACGUGAUCACAGACCGUGAUGAAUGGCGGAGCUUAGUUUUUCCCUUUGUGGUGUUUGUCAUUUGUCACAUCUGUUUAAUGUUUAGGUGUUGUGGGAGUGGCUGUUCAAGGAAGUUUGCAGUGUUGAAGUUAUUCCCUAAUGCAACAGAAAGGGAUAUCUAAAACAAUGUUGCAGAGGGAACAAAAGAUAUCUUGGCCAUGCAAAUAAAAACUUGGAUUUGUUCAUGGGUGGGGGGAGUGAUUAUGUUUUGGAUGAUUUUGUUUUUAUAUAUAUGUACACAUAUAUAUGUGAACAUUUUACAGCAUGUUGAUUUUAAAAUAAUAUGGCGAGUGCUAUGAAAUUAAUUUAUAUGCAGUUAAUCCCUCUGGGUUGAUUAUUUGUUUUUCAAAGGAAAAAAGUAUUUUUGUUUUUAAAGCUAAAUUGAGAGAGAACCUUAAAUAUGACCAGAGGCACAAAGCCUUUGCGUUCUGCAUAACUCUAGGAAGAACCUGGUGGCAGCUAUUGAACAAUUUGAUCAUUUUCCACAGCGACACUAAUAAAUGAUGAGAAAUAUAAAUAGCUUCAAAUCUAAAGCAACCACAAACUCCUUAUAGUAAACUGUGCAGAAACACAGAAUCUGUUUUGAAGGACUUGUAGGCUGGAAGACUUAGAAAAGACUUUUAAUAGCAUUGCUACUGUUGGGAGUAGACCACUCAAGAGGUAAAAGCAGGUGGGUUUUUACAGGCCUAAGACUUAUUUUCUGAACUUGGUACCAAUUGUGUACACUUUUUUAAAGAAAUUGAAAUGCUGGCUUAUGUAUAUAACCUAAAUAAAAGUGGAAUGAAUGUGAUACAUGGAAAUAUUUAAUUUAAAGUAGCUAGUAGAGAAAAUUUGGUAAAGGAAUGUGCUUUUAUUGAGGGCUUAGAUGUUAUUGUCAAGAGCGCAAUUAGUAUUUCCUGAAAUGGCAAGUGUUUUGAGUGUUUCACCAAGUUACAGUAACAGUUAGAAAAAGUACCUUUUCUGAGUUGCUACUUUUUAUGUAAAAGUAUGUGUGUGGGAUGCCUUUAGUUUUAAAUCAGUGAGCCCUUUGUUGUGAGGUCCUGAGUGCCAAUAUAUAGGAAUUUGUUGACAACUCAGGAAACCUAUCUGUUUACAUUUUUAUUCUCACUCAACCUGCAACCCAUACUUCAGUUCAUUAUUUAUUCCUAGCCAUCAUUUUAUCCAGACUGUCCUUUUGGGUUAUAAUCCUCAUCUACUAGCAGAGCGUCCCAUUUUGUUGCUUGGGUUUUCAUUUUCUUUUUUUGUUUGUUUUUUUUAAAGCAGUGGGCCAUCGGAUAGUAUCUCACUAAGUCUGAGCCUUAGACAAUACAUACCACAACAUAUUAGGGCCUCAUGCCAUCCCUCUGGGAACUAAAAUCUUGAUAGUGUACAGGGUCUGGGGUGAGGAGAUGCUGCUUAUCCAAAGGGUCAGCAUUCACUGGGUGCUUAUACUUCUGAAACCAAAUAAACUUUGUCAGCGCAAACACUACCUUUUUAGUAUCUAUAAGAUUGGUCCCUCUUUCAUAGCAGGGGUAGUAACUCCUGGCUUUAGGAGAUCAUGGGUCUAAAGGUAGCAAAUUGGGAAGUAAAAUUUUUUUGACAACCAGGAUAGUGACAGUUCAGAUCUAAGGGCUCUCUCUCCAUUUUUAGUCUUUAAAUUAUGCACCUUCCAGGACAACCACUGCUGACUUCAGGAGAGUUACUUAUCCCCAACUUAAAAUUCCUCUGAUUCUCUAAAAGGGUUUUUAUUUGCAUGGCCUUAUUUUCAUUGACACUGACAUUUUCUUCUACUCUUCUUCCUUCCUCCCCCUGGGGAGGGGUAGAAAAAAACCACACAAAGGAAAAUGACGCAUGUGCCGUUCAAUAUUAUCAUUCCAAAUCCUCACGGACUGUUGCCUGUUCUUAAAAUAUUUGAAACUGCACUGAAAGCUACAUUUGUCUGUAACUUUUCUUUUGUAAAUGAACUCACAUGUAAAUUCACCAAAUAAAUAUUACAUUCAA